GUUGACUUGAGCUAACAGUUUGUCUAGUAUCUACAGUCGACUAAAGAUAAAUGUUUACACGUCUACAGCUCUUUCUUAAAUCCUUGUUGCGGUUAAUUGUUCAAACAUAAAAUAUAUCAGGACGUAAAUUAAAUAAACCUGUAUUUUAAAAUGGAAAUACACUCAAAAUAGCAUGUUCAUUUUAAAAUGCAUUUAAAUUUAAAGCUUUGAUGGUUUAAACAUUGACGUAACAGCGAAACAUUUCGUAAAAUGUAAACUGGUAUUAAAGUAGAGUAUUUUAUAAAGGUGUCUUGAAAACUGUGGUAACAUUGAAGGAAGUGCUGUGGUUUGUUUUUUUUUAAAGAAAAAUUAAUUAUUUGAGCGAAAGGAAAUUUUAAAAAAGCAACAACAUGAAUAAAACAAUGGAGCAUGGGAGUUAUCAGGAUUUGGCUGAAUGCUGGAAAAUUCAAAUGUUCUUGGAGUCAACGGCCCAGGUGCCGUAUUGCGACACAGAAGUCAUGGAUCUGCAAAAUAACAUCAACAACAAUAUUGCUGUCUUACCCCACCUUGAACAUCAACUGUUGAAUUGUGGGAUUUGUCACAGAAGCUAUAACUCGCCUAAAGUUCUUCCUUGUCUCCAUUCCUUCUGUGAACAGUGCUUGUACGAAUACAUUCCCGCAGAGAGUUUGUCGGUCACUUGUCCCGUUUGUCGUCAGCAGUCAAUCUUACCAAUUGAUGGUGUCAGUGCCCUACAAGCUAACAUCUUUAUUACGAGUCUCAUGGAUGUUGUAG